AUGCGGGCCAAAUCAUUCCAAGAAGAAUGUUGUAAAGCCCAUGACCUAGACGACGAGUUCGAAAAGGUGCUCGACUAUUUCGCGAACGUAACCCACAAUGCUUUAACUUUCGGAAAGAACGAUGAGAUGGAAAUUGAGGAUUCUCAAAUCCUUGUGAAGUAUGAUACGAGUCACCCCUCACCAGGUCCAUGCGGUAAAAUAAUGAAGCCGUGGCCAAGAGAUAAAAUUAGAGGGGGAAGAAAGCGAAGGAAUCCUUUCAGGCCAUCACAGGAUCACGCAAAAGGUUCGGGCCAACACGAGCAAGAGAACCCAGGAAGAGAGAAUGUAGGAGGAGAGGAGGAAAUGGGACGAGACAAUGUGAGAAGAGAAGACGAUGUUGGUUCUUCGAGAGGAUCUUACACUCCACGUGAAGAAGAGGUACCUCUCACCAUUACUCUUGGAGGAGAAUUGCAAGUCCUAAAGGUGGAGCCAAUUCUUACAAUCCGUCCAGAGCCGUAG